AUGGUCACAAAACCCCGCGCGCCUGCCAAACAGGCAGCCGCACCUAAAGUCCAACCCCUACCCGAGAAAACCUUCAUCAUCGACAAUGGCGCGUACACCAUCAAAGCAGGAUACGCCCCAUCCUCAACAACACAGAACGAAGACGACGCUCUAUCGGCAUGCGUCACAAUACCAAACGCACUCGUAAAAACACGCGACAACCGCGUCUUCGUCGGCGCCCAGCUCUCAACACAUAUCUCUGACUGGAACGAAGCCGUCUUUCGCCGACCCGUAGAAAAGGGCUAUAUAGUGAAUUGGGAAGCCCAAAAGGAGAUAUGGGAGCAGGCAUUUUUCGACGAAAGGGCUGCUCGGAAUAAAGAAGCGCGAAUCGCGGACCCGGCGGAGACGACGUUGAUUCUUGCGGAUACGCCGAAUGGACUGCCGGCUUUGCAGAGGAAUGCGGAUGAGAUGGUCAUGGAGGAAUGGGGAUUUGGUGGCUACGCGAGGGUCGUUGGACCUACGUUGAAUGCUUGGAACGAUAUACAUUCUAUAUUUGGCGACCCUACGAAUAACUCAGCAACAACAAUAUCUCCAGCAGAAUGCCUUAUAGUUAUCGAUUCCGGAUACUCGCACACAAUCGUCACACCUGUAUACAAAGGCCAACCCCUCCAACGCGCCAUCAGAAGACUCGAUUUGGGCGGCAAACAUUUGACAAAUUACAUCAAGGAAAUGGUCUCAAUGCGCCAGUACAACAUGGUUGACGAGACACAUAUAAUGAACGACGUCAAGGAAGCGGUAUGCUAUGUGUCCAGUGACUUCAAAGCCGACAUGGAGCAAGUGUGGAAAGCGAAAAAGGCCCGAGGUCAAUCUCAGGCUUUGGCCGAAGGUAUCGUUGUGGACUAUGUGCUCCCAGAUCCUACCGCCAACAAAAAGGGGUUUGUGCGCUCGCAUGAUCCUCUGAGCAAUGCGAAGAAGCGGAAGAGUUUGAUGUCUGGAUCUGGUGAUCUUGCGACGGAGGAUUUCCUCGUUCUUGGCAAUGAACGAUUUACCGUACCGGAAAUCUUGUUUAACCCUUUGGAUAUUGGCAUGAGACAGGCUGGUAUUCCUGAGAUUGUUAUGGAGAGUUUGUCUGUGCUACCGACUGGUCUUCAUCCGGCUUUCUUGGCUAAUAUUCUGGUCGUCGGUGGCAAUGCACUUAUUCCUGGGUUUAUAGACAGACUGGAAAUGGAAAUUCGACAGUUGGCAUCCGCCGAAUGUGUCGUCCGCGUGAAACGGCCAAAUGACCCCAUUCGCUCCACAUGGUUGGGAGGAUCACGCUUCGCGACAGAUCGCCAGGAACUGGCAACCGUUGCGAUAACAAGGCAGGAAUACCUUGAAUAUGGAUCUGCAUGGGCUGGAAGGCGGUUCUCGGGGGCUGUCUGA